AUGUUGAGGAAUUCCUACCAAAAUGACAAGCCCAGCUGCGUUAACAUAAAAGUAAUUGUUCGAUGUAGACCCCUAAAUGAAAAGGAGAAAAAUGAUGUAAACAACGAGGAGGUGGUCAAAAUAGAGGAUAACGAAGUGAUCCUCACUCUGAACAGGAAUAACGAGAUUUAUGAAAAGAAGUACAGCUUUGACUAUGCCUGUGACAAGGACGUGGAUCAAAGAACCUUGUUUAAUAAUUAUGUUUUCCGAAUAGUCGAUGAGGUCCUCGAAGGGUUCAAUUGCACUCUCUUCUGCUAUGGCCAGACGGGCACCGGAAAAACGUAUACCAUGGAAGGCAAGAUCCUGGAACAUCUAAAACAUAAUGAAAGUAAGAAGAUCGACCUGAGCGAUAGCAUCAACAGUGACAUAAACUACUACUAUGAAUUAUGUGAUAGUGAUGACACGGGGAUUAUAUUUCGAGUCGCGAAGAGGAUUUUCGAUAUUCUCAAUCGUAGGAAGGAGUACAAGUCGACAAAGUUCGUAGGGGGGGAGGAGGAGGGCGACAUUUCAUGGCGGCGCAAUAGUUGCGUAAGCGAGGCAGAGGAAAUCAACCAAGGGGUAGUACUUCACACAGAAGUUAAUACUCGAGGGGACAGUGUCCUCCAUGGGGACAGAGAAACAUGUCCCCCCAAGGACCUAUCCACGCGUGAGUCAACAGAAAAAAGCGAACUGUUCGAUCCGCUGGAAGAAAAGAAAGAAGAGAGUAGUGCAGGUGAUAUAUAUAAUGUGGAGAAAAGUUCUUACGACUUCGUGAUAAAAGUAAGCUACCUAGAAAUAUACAACGAGGAAUUGUGUGAUCUGCUGAGUACAUCUAGUGAGUCGAACAGACUCAAGAUCUAUGAAGACACUACGAAUAAAAACAAAGGAUUAAAUGUAGAUAAGUUAGAAGAAAAAUGCAUAAACUCAUUUGAAGAGAUCUAUUACCUAAUCUGUUCAGCUAUCAGAAAGAGAAGAACCGCCGAAACUUCGUACAAUAAGAAAUCCAGUAGAAGCCAUUCUAUUUUCACCAUCACUUUAAUCAUGAAGGACCUGAACAAUGACGGAGAGAGCAUUACAAGAAUAGGAAAACUGAAUUUAGUCGACUUAGCAGGUAGCGAAAAUGCACUGAAAAGCUCCUAUGGGAAUUUAAAAGUUAGACAACAGGAAAGCUGUAAUAUAAAUCAAUCCCUCCUAACUUUGGGUCGAGUAAUCAAUGCACUGAUAGAAAAUUCGUCGUAUAUUCCAUACAGGGAUUCAAAAUUGACACGUCUAUUGCAAGACUCCCUAGGAGGCAAGACAAAAACAUUUAUCGUAGCCACCAUUUCUCCAUCCUCCCUCUGUAUUGAUGAAACGUUGAGCACGCUAGAUUAUGUAUUUCGAGCAAAGAACAUUAAGAAUAGACCGGAAAUUAAUGUAAAAACCACGAAACAGUUAAAAAUAAAAGACUUAAACAACGAAAUUGAAAAAUUAAAGAAUGCACUCCAUUUGAGUAGAGAAAAACGAGGAGUGUAUCUAGACAACGAGGAAUACAACAACAUACAAAAUAGCUUGAAAAAAAAUAAAGAAAUUCUACUACAAAAGGAAAAAAUACUUUUUGAAAAAAGUAAAAAAAUUAAAACCCUUUUGAAUAAGAUGGAUUAUACUGAUGAUGUGCAAAAUCAAAUUGUGCAUUUGCUCAAAGAUGUUCUUUCCAAAUGUAGGAAUAUCCAAUUGAUUCACGAUACUUUAGUAAAUAGGCUAUCAGAGGAAAAAUGCGUCACAAGGUUCCUUCUAUCGGAGUUCCUUCACGCACAGGGCGAGUAUCAACGGAAGGUGAAUCUACUAACCCAGGCGCAGAGGAACAUCUCUUGUUUAUUUCGAGAAACGGUUUCUAACUUCAAGAGGGGUAACAAGGAACAUUUUUCCACCCUCAGUGAGAUUUGCAACAUCAUUACGACUGUGCUUGGCAAGGCCAAGGUGGAUAUCACACAGGGCAAAGAAAACAUCAUGAAAUCUUUGGACCAACUGGAACGACUGAACAGGGAUACGAUCCUGCGGGAAAACAAACUCCUCCGUUUUCUCCUAGACAAGGUAGACGCUGUGGAAAAACACGAUCAGAAUUGUUUUCUAAAAUUAGGGGAAAUAACACAGGAGUUCCUAGCCUGCAAGGUAGACUUGACCCAGGUAAGCACCCCCCGAAGCAGUGAUCCCACCUCGAAUCGGCGGAAUGAUUUGCUUGACUCGGCGAAUUCAUCAAAGAAGACACCCCAGCCUAAUGACCACAGAACAGGGGCAGUCCUGACGAUUCUGAGAGAUCUAGCGCAGUGCGAUGAGGCAGCACAAGUACUGAGAAAAAUCGAGAGGUAUCAAACCACCGAAGAGAGUACCGUCAAGGAUACCCUCCAGAACAUGCAAAAUGUAAGCAAACUACUACAUCUAUAUUUAAAGCAUUCAUUUGAAAAGUUAAAAAAUGACAUGGAGAAAAAAAUAGAGACAUUGGAUGAAGAAAGGCAAAAGUUAACCAUGCUGUUGGAACAACUACGAAGUGAUUAUGAAUCCUUCGAGGCCAGUUUAAGCAAACGUAAAGACGAAAUGGUUGAGACAUAUAGAACAAGCAUCGGGAAAUAUAUGGAUCUCUUCCAGAAUCAAGUAAUGGAAGAAGUAAAAACAGUGAUACAAAGAAAUGUUAGCCAAAUGAAUGAAAUAGUAAAUAGGAAAAUACAUUUAUUGUCUAAUCAGUUACACGAAGAAUCUAAAAAUAAAUUUAAAGAAAUUAUUACCGACUCGAUAAGUACCCUUGAGACGUUUUUUUUAAAUCACGAGAAAGCAUGUGGUACACAUCAUCAGGAUUGCCUGGAGUCCACUGAUCUGAUGUAUGAAAAAGUGAAUUCAUAUUAUGAGCACCUCGAUGGUGUCUUCACAGACAUGGACGAUCGGUUCGCUAAUGAGAAAAGGGAAAUGGAGAGGAACGUGCAAAACGUUACUGAUAUGUAUAGAAAAAUUAUUCAGGAGAACAACGAAAAUAUUGAAAAGAUAGGAAACCUCCUUGAUAUAAAUACAUCGAAUAAUAGAAAAGAUAAAGAGGUGCUUUACAAUGAUAUGUCGAAAGCGGUUUUUCGAGAAAAAUACGAACUGGACGAUAGGAUGAAGGAGGUAGGGGAACUGACCCUGAGACACAUGAAGGAGAUUAACCUGUGUAAUGGAAACUAUGGAGAACACCUCAAUAAAUGUAACUUAUACGUUGGAGAGCUGCUACAACGUUUUCGAGAAAAUGAAGAGAAGCAAAAGGAUGAAUGCGUGGUACUUCCCAAUUUGGAUUCCCCCAUUCAGCAUGAAGGGAAAGACAUUCACGCAGAAGUUGAAAGGGUUCGCUCCUGCGCGAGUGAGAUAUUCUCCCAUUUGGGUGAUCCUACAUCGGGUGGUGCUAAGUCGGGUGGUGCUACAUCGGGUGGUGCUACAUCGGGUGAUGCUACAUCGGAUGGUGCUAUGCCGAUUGAUGCUAUGCCGAUUGAUGCUACGUUGAGUGGGGCCAAUAUGCAUGGCGUAGACCCCCCGGGUAAUGCCUGCGGGACGACGGAUUCACCGCAUACCUGUCCCAACCCCUACGCUGAUUUGCACUUCGACCACGUGAGGCAGGAAGUUCUCAAAGAAAUUGAAGAUAUGUCAUUGCAGAAAAAUAUAAACUUUAAGUAUCUCUUCGAUAAAAUUGAUGAGCAUUUAAGCCUUAUUCUUAAUGAGAAUAAUUGUGUGCGACAUCGAGGUGGGAGCAUAGAUCUGUCUAGGGGGGAAAACAUUGGAGGGGUAAUGGCCAUGCCACCUACUGCUGUUGUAGCAACACCACAUGUCAUAUCAGUUUCUUGCCCUCAUGUGAGUGAUAUCCUCCCUAGGACUGGCCAUGGUAAGUGCAGUCCAUCUGAACCAUAUGGGAAUGUCAUGCGGAAAGGGACAACCGAUGGAGAGACUCAGAAUAAAAAUGAGAAGAAAGCAAGUGGUUUCUUCCACAUGGAUGAUCCAGAAACAAAUAUGCAUAGUGGGAUCUCGAAGAUCUUGCCGGAUUGCAACAAAAAGCGGAACAAGAGUACCGAAACGGUGCAGGGGCGGAAGCUGUGUUUCACCUCCAACGAAUUGAGGAACCCCUGUGCGAAAAUAAAGUCGUUGGGGAAUAGCGGGGGGUCUAGAAAGAAUUCUCCAGCCCCGAAGAAACUGAAGGAGGACACCUACAAUGGCAGGGGUAUCAAGUUCCUUCGCAAGUCGGAGAAUUAG